AUGGAAGAGUCAUACACCACCGGCCUCCCCACCAGCCAUUUGGCCGAACUACAACACCACCUCUUCCUUUCUCGUUUCUUUGCAAAUUCUUCCUCCUUGCCCUUGUUGGGUUCAGGGGAACUCUUUCUAGAAAAAGGUGACAUUACUUUUCGGAUUCGCCAUGCUGUAGAGUCACAGGAUAGAUUGAAUGGGCUGAAUCAAGGAGGACCAAGACAAAGAGCAGAAGCUUUGGCUGCUUUAAACUCUGCAUUAAAAUCAUCAUCCGAAACCAAAAGUUCUAGCCCUAAGACAACUAGAAGAAGUCAAGGAUCACAGAGCAGCAGCAGUAGCUGCUCUCUCUCUCAAGUUCUUACUGCUAAGAAGAAGAAACAAUCACCUGAUUCUUCUCCUGUGUCGCCUCUAGAUGGAGCUCAAAUAGAGGAGGCCCAAGGAAUGUUGUUUGAAUUACAGGCAAAGGUGACAGCCGAAAAAUUGAAAAGGAGGGUAGCGGAGGAUAAAGUAGCAGCAGAGAAAUUGAAAAGGAAGGCAGUGGAGGAAGAAGUAACAGUAGAAAAAUUAAAGAGGAAGGCAAUGGAGGAUGAUAUAGCAACAGAGAAGAUAAAGAGUUAA